AGAGUGAUUUCGAGGUUAACAUUUCAAAAAACUUCAAUCAUUUUAAAUGUCAAUAAAAAGUGAAAAAUAAAAAUAUUUUCUUAACUGGAAUCCUGAAAUACAGUAGAAAAAAAUGCACAAAUUGAAAUCAUCGCAACGAGAAAAAGUGAAAAAAUUUAUAUCAUUUACACAAACCGGUGAAAAUACAGCGAUUUAUUGUUUAACACAAAAUGAUUGGAAAUUAGAUUUAGCCAGUGAUAAUUAUUUUCAAAAUCCUGAAGCCUAUUACAAAGAACCCCGGCUCACCGUUGACAAAAAGAAAUUGGAAAGUUUAUAUAAUCGUUACAAGGAUCCGAAUGAAUCGGAUAAUAAAAUAACCGCUGAUGGUAUUAUGAAAUUCUUAGACGAUUUAGGUUUAUCACCGGAAUCGAAAUUAGUAUUAAUUAUUGCAUGGAAAUUUAAAGCGGCCACACAAUGUGAAUUCAGUCAAGAGGAAUUUAUGACGGGCAUGACUGAAUUAGGGGUCGACUCCAUAGAUAAAUUAAAAUCACGUUUAGCAACGUUAGAGAACGAAUUAAAAGAACCGUUUAAAUUUAAAGAAUUUUAUCAUUUUACAUUUAAUUAUGCCAAGAAUCCGGGACAGAAAGGACUCGAAUUGGAUAUGGCGUUAGCUUAUUGGAAUAUUGUUUUAAAGGAUCGUUUCAAAUUUUUGGAUUUAUGGUGUACUUUUUUACAGGAACAUCAUAAACGAUCAAUCCCCAAAGAUACAUGGAAUCUACUUUUAGAUUUCUCCACACAAAUAUCAGACGACAUGAGUAAUUACGAUGAAGAAGGUGCAUGGCCAGUACUCAUCGAUGACUUUGUUGAAUGGGUACAAUCACGUGGUGGGGGUCAACCAAACAGUGAACAACGUCCACACAGCACUAGUCAAGAUUAACCUAACCACCUCCCACCACUAUCCACCAUCAUCCGUUCACACACCCCUUAAUCACCCCCAGCUGCUCAUCGACCUACACUCUUAAUUAUUUUUAUAUCGACGAUCGAUUGUGAAACGAAAAUACGUAAAUGUAUUUCAUCAUUUUUAUCCAGAAAGUGGAGAAGUAAAAGUAUCCAGGAGACCAUCCAUAAAAUACGUCAUCUCCUAGGCCCCCGUACAGGAAUCAUGGUACUGCUCAAUCCCCCCCCCCCUGAUAGACACCCUAUGCCCGGGUCUGCGGCCUUCCUUUGAAACACUGCGUUACAUUUCCUGCAAACCCCUUGCAAAAAUAGCGUCUCAACAUUCUCUCGUCCUUUAAAUAAUCAAAAAAUUUUUAAAACAAACCAAGAAAAAUAUUUCACGGGCACCUUCUCACUCGUUUUGCGUGACAUAUUUUAUGGCUGGUCCCUUGUUGCUUUCCCUUUUUUUUUUUUGAAAGAACUGUAUUUUUUUUUUUUAAUUCGCCAAUUUAUAAAAUAAUUCUAAAAUUGUUUUUUUAAUUCGCCGUUGAUACGCCGUUUUUUUUUUUUUGUAUAGGAUUUCCCUUUAACGCCAAACUAUACAUUUUAUUUUCGAAAUAAGACGCAUACCUUCGAACUUUGACUCCAUUGACGAAUGACUUGAUAAAUGUGGGAAUAUUUGAGAAAUUUGUGAUUUUAGAAGGGAAAUUACGCAACCAAAAUCUGAUAGUUGAGUACAGCGUUGUCAGAUACUCAAAGUCUAACUGUAGGCCCAUCUAUGUUUUAUUAUUUGAAUUAAAUAUUUAAUUAUGAUUUUGUAAA